CACGUUCGAAGAUCACUUCAACUUGGAGAUGACACGUCCCAGAAUUCAACUCCCUUGGGCAGUUACCAAAGCGUCUCUAGCGUUGCGUCGACGAAGGAAUUCCCGGCAUCAGACUGUUUUCACGAUGGAAAUGAGAUGUCCAAGACGGUCAGUGACUGGCAUAAACACCUGAGGCACGCUCUCCGGUCAUCCGAUCUUGUGACGGCCAAAAUCUUGGAUAUGGUUGAGGACUAUAUGCUGCAAGGCGAUCCAGCGAAGCGUCUUGAUGCAUCGCAGCUGGCCACAAUGAUUAAGGCCAUCCUCACCGAAGCCAAGUCAAAGGUUGCGGAAGAGAUAAACUCUGGUCGCGGGUACAAGCCACCAGCAUACUUCCAAGACGCCGUCGAUCGGGAGCAGGAAGUCGAAGCCGCAGCCGUUAGAGAGCGACUCACAACACGCGGGGACGAGCCUUGGAGAGACAAGUACAAAUCCCAAGCAUUCAUAGAUGCUACUAAGGAGCCUCUUGGCCGGUUGGUCGAAGACUUGACUUACUCCAGCGAAUAUCGUCGCGAGCUCAUUUGGGAUCAGUCCUCUAUUGAUGAUUUGCGACUUCGACGCGGAACAACCAUACCUGCUGGCAUGCCGCUACAUCGCGGGUCGAGCAGCACCUUUCGAGAUGCACACCUCCAACCCAUAGACGACCCUCGCAAAACACAGAUCCCUUCUGACAUAUCAUAUGCCAACUACUCAAGCGCUCGAAAGCUCUUGGAUGACGUUGGCUGGAGACCGGGCGCGCUUGAGUUGCCCGACUAUUUCCACGAGUCUCACACGCCCGUUUCCAGUUCCAUAUCACUCCGGACCCUAGUUUCUCCAUCACCUGCUGAUGGUUUGUUCAUUUCAGAACAGCCAUCUCUUCCGAAGAAGACCGGCGGAUCUGACCGCUCCAGCCUAUCUCUUCUUAAAACUACGGCUGGUUCCUGGUUUUCUUCCAAGAAGAGAAGGCCGACGGUCGGCACGCCGUCUCCAUCGGUCCCGAGACAAGUCGACGCCAGUGUCGAACGGCCAGGGGCAACAGUUAUACAAGAGGCUGAGGGGACAACUGCUGAUCCCUUAAGCCCGCAUCAUGUUAUCUCCGAGGAGCACAGAUUUGACAAGUUUGACGUUUACUUUAAGAAAGCCUUCUUGAUUGACAAUGGGUCAAGCAUGGACGAGUAUUGGCUCUGGGCCAUGGAUCUCGUCUCUGUACUUGUGGCAUUUCUCUACGGGCAGGACGACGAUGGUAUGGAGCUUUACUUCACGUCAUCCCGCGCACCAGUCGGUAGCUUUCACGAGCCAAAACAGUUCGUUGAGGCAAUGAGCCGGAUGAAGCCCAAGCCAAGAUCUCGUCCAGGCAGAUCUCCGUGUGCGUCUACCCCUUCAGCUCUUCCGCCAGGCAGCCCGUUCAUCAUGCAGACCGAAACAACAUCUACUACCUCGUCAAAUCAGCUUGACCAGGAAGAUAUCCGAGAAAGUCUAGCAGAGAUCCUGGAGCAGUGGGGCAGGAAGCAUGCGAAGAAGGAGAAGAAGAAGCUCACCCUGAUCAUUUUGACCGAUGGGGUCUGGCCCGGGAUCAGUAAAAAAGAGACCGUGGCGAACGAGAUCAUCCGUGCUCUCGAAAAGUGGCAAGACAAGGUCCCCCUAAAGGAGCAACUCGGAAGCCGGGGGCUCAGUAUCCAGUUCGUGCGGUUUGGAGACGACCCGAAGGCGAUCGAGAUACUGAAUUGGAUGGAUAAAGAACUCAGCACGAUGAAUGGCGAACAGCUUCCAGAUAUUAUCGACCACGAGCCUGCAACUGGAAACAUUUAUAAGAUGAUUCUGGGAAGUUUGGACUCUCGAUAUGACGAUGACAACAACAGGACAGUCAGGCCGGAGGACGGAGGCAGCGAGACCUAUCCAACGGACGAGGAUGGCCAGCGCGGUGAUAUGGUAUCAGAGGUUGCGCGCAGUGUCCAUUCACGAUCGGGUGGCAGCUCUUAGUACAUUAUCCAUUCGGGCAGUGCCUUUGACAGAACCGGGCCGAGGCAGUCGCAAACCUUCAACGUAUGAUGUGGACUCGUUCGUGUCCAGGCACUGACAGUGCCUUUCGACCGCGGCGGGACCAAAAGCUCAAUUCUCAUAUAACAUACGUAGCCUCGGACGUCUUUUGGUGCGGUAUUUGCUUUCAUUUUUUUCUUUCUAGACUCUGGUCUCUUUUUCCCU